AUGGCGAGCUCACGCGUCCUCCUGCUGUCUCUCCUCGUUGUGUUAGUCUCAGCGAAAUUCGCGUACGGGCAGAUUCGUGAGAAAGCCUGCCUUCCCAAGGACAAGUGCCCUGACCGAAAGAGCAAGCUCUGCGGCCUCUACGCCACGUGCAGGACUCUUAGAAGCAUUGUCCCCGAACUCUACGGCUGCGACGAAUGUGCUGCUUUCGACCUGAAGAAGAUGCCUCCUAGUGCCUGCAACUACACGACCGGUCGCUGCCUCGCCAACAAAAUCGACGGCAAGUCCUGUACCGCGAAGAUGUUCAAUACGGUGUGCGAUAGGAAGGAGCCCGCGUUCUCGUGCCAGAAGGUUGAAGGCGUUCCCGUCACCAAGAAGGCACCCCAGUUGUACCGCUGCUGCAGGAGGACUUGCCCCCCUGGCCUGUGCGGAAAGGGCUCGAAGCCGAUCCAGUGGAGGAACAACUGCAAUGUUCUUAUCGACUGCCCUACUGCUUGCGCUCCUCGUGCUGCGAAUGCUGUCGCGGUUAUAUAUCUGUAA